AUGGAUAGCCGCAGCGCUGCACUACACCACACACAACACGGUGCAACAACUGACUCGGACGAAGAAGCAGAUGUCUACGACUGGAAAUCGUCGCGUGUGCCCGGAAAUAAAGAUGCCCCGCGCUCCCGAAAGGAUUCGACGCGAAGAGGAUCCAAGCAACUGCAAGAGGAUGGGCGUGAGAACAGGAAGGGACAACUUGAAGCUCCUGAAUCAGACUACACAGACUCCUCAGAGGGAGCUCCGGAAGAUGAUCACCUGCCGCACCCCUUUUACCAUUAUGCCGCCGAAAAGCGUGACACCUACGCCGAUGCCAAACUCAUCUAUCAGCGGCAUCGAUUGGACACGAAAUCUGAGAAGGAUCUAGGCAGCCCCUUGAUGUUGGGCAAGUCCUACACCAUGCCAACCUCUGCUAUGGAUGGAGAAGUGUCAGCUCUACAGCGUACGCCCAGCAUGGCAUCGAGACAGUCUCGCGUCUCCCAACGUGGCACUGUCCCCAGUGGCUUUCAACUCAGUCAUAACAAGGAAUCAUUUCCUUCAUUGCAAACCCAUGUAAGGAACCUCCAAGAGAUUCGCCCGGAUCCGGCCCUGCUUGCCGAUGCCGUUGCGCGGGAUCACAAACGUCAUCCCGGCCUUCCGCACGAGUUCAAGGAUCCCCUGCUGGCCCACGAAGGUAUGCAUGGUGCUGGCGCCGGUAUAGGCUUGGGAUCUGGCCCUGGUGGACUCGCCACGAGUGAUGAGUCGAUAGUCAGUGAAGUGCAGUCGAUUUGUGACAAGAUCAAGACGGUGCUGGAUUUGAGGCAGAAGUACCUGAAAGUCUCACUGCAGUGUCCGGGCGUCAAUCCAAAGGAUGAAGAAACCUGGGAAAUCUACCCACCUCCGCCAAACCCUGUGUGGAACGAGCAGAAGGCGCGGGAUCCGCCUCAGGACUAUAUUCCUCCCAACAGCACAUCGAGCAGUCUGUACAUGAUCGACAUGAGGGCUCGAAAUGCGAGUGGAGGUGAGUUGAACAUGUGGCCGACUAAUGCGAGUCAAGCUGGGUCUGACCGAGGAGGUCCAGCGUCGCCGACGAGCGCCAAAAAGGCGAGAAAGCCGGGCCAUGCUAUUGGUGAAGAUUUCGACUUGAGCGAAUGCGUUAUUCCAGGCAAGCAGGCCAAGAGCUUGCGCUUCGAGAUGGAUGCUGGAAGUGUCUAUCAAGUCUACGAUGAAGAUGAACGGCCGAUCGUCGAGGUACCGACCUUGCGAGACUACUACGUGGCACUGGAUACGAUUCUGGACAUAGCGUCAGAUGGACCAGCCAAAAGUUUUGCCUACCGCCGCCUGCAAUAUCUGGAAGGGCGAUACAACUUGUACACUCUCUUGAACGAAUAUGAAGAAGUGGCUGACACAAAGAAGGUGCCUCACCGCGACUUUUACAACGUAAGGAAAGUGGAUACCCACGUGCACCAUUCUGCAUGCAUGAAUCAGAAACAUCUGUUACGUUUCAUCAAGAGCAAGAUGAAGAGAUGCCCUGACGAAGUUGUCAUCGAGCGUGACAGCAAGGAGUUGACUUUAAAAGAAGUCUUUGACAGCAUCAACCUCACCGCAUACGACUUGAGCAUUGACACUCUUGAUAUGCACGCGCAUACGGACUCGUUCCAUCGCUUUGACAAGUUCAACUUGAAAUAUAAUCCAAUCGGACAGUCACGGCUCAGGGAUAUCUUCCUCAAGACGGACAACUUCAUCAAGGGGAGGUAUCUUGCCGAGAUUACACGCGAGGUUAUCACGGACCUCGAGUCAAGCAAGUAUCAAAUGGUUGAGUGGCGAAUCAGCAUCUACGGGCGCAAUAUCAACGAGUGGGACACGCUAGCUGCGUGGGUGGUUGACAACAAGCUCUUCUCUCACAACGUCCGAUGGCUUAUACAGAUCCCACGACUGUUUGCACUGUACAAAGCGCUGAAGACGAUGGAAGACUUUGAGGAACUUCUCCGCAACAUAUUCCAGCCUCUGUUCGAGGUGACACAGGACCCCUCCACGCAUCCCAAACUACACGUCUUUCUCCAACGGGUGAUCGGCUUCGAUAGCGUCGACGACGAGAGUAAGGUGGAAAGACGACUGUAUCGCAAAUACCCCGCAGCGAAGGAAUGGAAUACCAAGCAAAAUCCGCCCUAUGGAUACUGGAUCUACUACCUUUUUGCAAACCUGACGUCUCUCAACGCCUGGCGCAGAAGGAGAAACUUCAACACCUUCCUCCUGCGACCUCACUGCGGUGAAGCAGGGGAUACGGAUCAUCUUGCCGCGGCAUUGCUGUGUUGUCACAGCAUCAGCCACGGCAUCACCCUACGAAAGGUCCCCUUGCUUCAGUAUUGUUUUUAUCUCGAGCAAAUUGGCAUUGCCAUGUCGCCGCUGAGCAACAACGCGCUUUUCCUGACGUACGACCGCAACCCCUUCAUCAGCUACUUCAAAAAGGGCCUCAACGUCUCCUUGUCAACGGAUGACCCCUUACAAUUCGCAUUCACCAAGGAGCCCCUUAUCGAAGAAUAUUCGGUCGCUGCACAAAUCUACAAGCUCUCCGCGGUCGACAUGUGCGAAUUGGCCAAACACUCAGUUGAUCAGUGCGGCUUUGAACUAUCGCUCAAGCAGCGCUGGCUGGGGAAGUAUUGCUAUCUGCCGGGCGUGUUGGGCAAUGAUGUCGCGAAAUGCAACGUGCCAGACGUCCGAGAAGCAUUCAGACACGAAACGCUGAAAGCCGAGCAUGCGUUCAUUGCGAAAUACACAAAGGAUUAUAGUCAUUUUGACCGUUGUACCCCUGACUUGCCUGAUCCGUCUGAUCCAGCUACGCCAAUAGAGGAGAUAUACCGAGGUCUGGAAAGUCCGAAGCAAUAUUUUGCGGCAAUGGCGAUGGCUGAUUCCAUCCCUCCUGCUCAGCAAGCCAGAGAAAGGGAGAGGGACGCAGCGCUAUCAAAGUCCAACGCAACCGUACCUCCGGGUAAUACUUCUCCCAGCCGGCUUCACAGGACUUCGAGCGUCCUAUAUCCCGCUACUUCGAAUCCCGUGGACGCACACAUCUCGGGCCAAGAGCCACGCGCGUUUCCCGGAAUUGUUCACCAGCGCGAAAGGAGACGCAGUUUACGCGUUGGUUCAGGGAAUUCGGAGGGUACCGGCCAGCUGUCGUCGGACAUGACUGGCAGCUUGCAAUUGGAGCCCGGGCUUGCCAAGAUUACACUGAGGGAGGAUAAGGAGAUGAGAGAGAUGGAGCAGGAUGAUCUCUGA